ACUACAGAAGGUGAUAGAAUUGUAUUUAAUGUUAUUCUUAAAUCUGAAUCAGGUCGCGAUAAACAUUAUGAAUGGUUAAAGAAUAAUUACAAUAUGAUUGUUGGAAAAUCAGAACAAAAUAUUUUAUCGAUUAAAAAUAAGAAUUUUGUAAAGGACUUUUCUGUUGAUGGUUUUUACGGAUACUCUGGCUGGUUUACUAAAGAAUUUGCUAGUAAAGAAUUAAAGCAGAGAGAUGAAGUCGCUGUUGUGGAACAAGACAUUAUAAUUAAAAUUAAUUAUGUGGUUCCACGUAGUGUCCAGAAUGCCGUAAUUCCAAAUCGAAAUUUGGAUC